AUGUCUUCCCACGACCUCCUUCCCACCUAUGCCGCCGUGGCCUCGGCGCCCUCGGCGUCCGCGUCUGAGCUCGCCAUCGCCGCGUCGGCCCUCAACCUCCAUACCGCCUGCGUCCAGCCCACCAUCGAGGUCAUCUCCAUGGUGUCGGUCGCCGAGAAGCUGAUCAAGGGCAUCAUGGCCAAGAUGCAGAAUGUCAUCCAGACCACUUUUGGCAACGAGGAUGUGUCGGUUCUGGCUCAAUUUGAGACGGCUGUCACAUCUCUUGGCGCCCCCAACGACUUCCUCGCCCUCGAAGAGACGGCAGCUGCGCUACAGGCAAAGCAGCAGCUCAUGUACGAGGGGUUGUACGCCAACGACAAGGCUUUGGCCGUCACCGUCGGCACCCACCUCUCGUCCGAGCAGAUCGAGGCUCUCCGGGACACCCAGCUGGUCACCGACCUCUCCUCUCUCUCCAUCGACGCCCCUGACGUCGUCGCGCCCUCCUCUCCUCCGCUGGCUUCUCAGUCGGCCUUGCUCUCCCUCGGCAGCUCUCCUCCGUCCUCGCCUCGCGUCCGCUGCCACCUCGACUCGACUGAUGAUGCCGUCUCUCGCUUGGGAACGUUACCCGUACCUUCUGCCGACAUCGCCUCCAUCGUCUUUCCUCCUCCUUCCGCUCCAUGCUUGGGAACGUUACCCGUUGCCGCCGCUCCUCCUUCCUCUCCAUGCUUGGGAACGUUACCCAUCGUCGCCGCUCCUCCCUCCUCUCCAUGCUUGGGAACGUUAUCCGUCGCCUGUCCGGCCUCCCCCGUCUUCGCCCCCGUCUCUGUCCCCGGCAACACUGAGACCGCUUUCUUGGGAAUGUUACCCAUACCUGCCCUCCCUUCCCUUACAGUUGAACCCCUCGGGAUGCUGCCCGACGACCUCCCUUCUCUGCCAUCCGACUCCGUGCCGGCCUCGCCAGUCGGUCAGAUGGAUGAAGCCCAGAAGCAGCGGGAGCAGGAACUGUACGAGGAUCAGCAAAGACUGCAGCAGCAAGAACAAGAGGAGCAGCAGAGACUGCAACAGGAAGUGUACGAGGCGCAGCAGAGGCUGCAGCAGCAAGAACAGGAGGAGCAGCAGCAGCUACUGAACAAGCAGCAUAUGCAGCUCUGGUUCGAGGAGCAGACGGCCCGUCAGGCGCAAAAGCUUCUCGACCAGCAACAACAGCAGCGAGAGCAGCAGCAGUUGCAGGAGCAGCAGCAGUUGCAGGAGUUGCAGCAACGGCAAAAGCAGCAGGAGGAAGAAGAACAGGCAGCACUCCUGGAAGCUGCCAUUCUGGAGGCCUUCGAGCAGGACGCCCAAGAGGAGGCUGAUCGCUGGGAGGCUACCAGACAGCAGGAAGUGCAACAGCAGCAACAACAACAGAGACCCGAGAAUUCGGAUAUCUUCUCGUUUGUCAUGCCGGCUCCCAACAGGGAGCCCAUUUCAUUCCCCGAGUCUGCCGCGGCCGUACACGGGAUCUCUGGGACGAUAGAGCCGCGAGUGACCUAUUCAUUCGACUUCGCCGUGGCCGUGCCUGGUGCCCCUCCUUUCUUCGGAAGUGAGCAGGCCGGGCCGGCGCCAGGCGAAGCACUCGCUGCUCCCCCGUCUCCCUCCCUCCUCCUGCCUCCCCCGUCUCCUUCCCCUAUUGGGUCAGGAGGGGUCUCUGACUUCGCCAUGAGCGUACCUGGUGCCCCUCCCUUCUUCGGAAGCGAGCAGGCCGGGCCGGUUUUUGGUGAAGUCCCCCUUCCCCCGUCCCCCUCCCUCUUCCUGCCUCCCCCGUCUCCCCCGUCUCCCCCGUCCCCUUCCCCUAUUGGGUCCGGAGGGGUUUUUGACUUCGCCAUGAGCGUACCUGGUGCCCCUCCCUUCUUCGGAAGCGAGCAGGCCGGGCCGGUCUUUGGUGGAGUCCCCCCUCCCCUUCAGCCUCCCUCCCCUGUCUCCGUCCCCGUGCCAGCACCCACGACCGCCGAAUCUGCCAGUGCCGCAGAUGACGAGGACGAAGAAGAGGAAGAAGAAGAAGAAGAAGAGGAAAGUUCCGACGAUGACUCGGAUUCCUCGGAGGACGAUGACAGGUCGCCGGAAGAAAUGAUCAGGGUGAACACGUACAAGAACCUCAUUAAGCUUCUGGACGGCACCCUCGACUCGAAGCGCUUCAGGUGGGCGGGCAACCACGACGGCGUCGACCGUUUCGGAGACAAGGCCGCCGUCUGGGAGCCCGAAAUGAGGCAGUUCAUGAUCGCCGAUUGGCUUGCCGAGUGCACCCAAGAGAUUGGCGAAGACGAGACGGCCGACGACGUUCUCUACCGCGUCAUGAGCAAGGUUGGGCACAUCCUGCUGACGGAGGUCUUGGAGCCGCACUCGCAGCCGCGGGACGGCCCGGUUGUGCGUGGCGAGACUGUCGGCAUGGAGGUCGCCCAGAUGCUUCGGCCCUGGGCGAACAGCCUUCGCUCGUGGAAGCUGGCGAGGCUCGAUCUCAUCAAGGCCUUCAGGCUGGCGGCUGAGUUCCGGCAAAUUCUCGACGACAUGGUUGAGCAGGCGCAGAUCGAGUUUCGUACAGUGGACAUUGACGACCCGGGCCAGGCGAGGUCCGUGUACGAUAUGUAUGCUGAUUUUGAGGGACGGCCUCUGUUCCCCAACAUGAUCCGACUCGAGCCCGAUGAAGAGAUUGUUGAGGCGUGGGGGUGGUACGUUGCCUCUGGUGUUUGA